UUUUAAUAUUGACAUGAUGAUGGUUAGUCAACGCAGAUACUGCCUCCCUCCCUCCUCUGUGUCCACAAACCUCCAUUGAAUCUUUCAUCAUCCCACAUCUCUCUUCAUCGAAGUCAAGACUCAACUUCGCUUCUCCUUUCUUCUUCCUGGAAUCUCUCUCUACUUCCUGAACGAAUUGAUGGCUAGCAAGAGAAUUCAGAAGGAACUACAGGAUUUGCAGAGAGACCCUCCAACCUCGUGUAGUGCUGGGCCGGCGGGAGAAGACCUCUUCCACUGGCAAGCAACCAUCAUGGGGCCCAACGAUAGCCCGUAUGCCGGUGGUGUAUUCUUCAUAAUGAUCCAUUUCCCACCCGAUUACCCAUUUAAACCUCCCAAAGUCAACUUCCAAACCAAGGUUUAUCACCCCAACAUUAACUCCAAUGGCAGCAUAUGUCUUGACAUUCUCAAAGAACAAUGGAGCCCAGCAUUGACCAUUUCAAAGGUCCUCCUUUCCAUCUGCUCUCUUCUCACUGACCCCAACCCGGAUGACCCUCUAGUCCCUGAAAUUGCUCACAUAUACAAACACCAGAGAAGCCGAUAUGAGGAAACGGCCAGGGCAUGGACACAGAAGUAUGCCAUGGGUUAAAGAUCAGGUCCUGCCAUGUUAAGAUGCGUGUUGGAAACUGAACCUACGUGAUGACUGAAAAACUUGCAGGCAAUCAAAAAAUGUUAAUGAGCAUGUUUUAGAAUCUAGAUUAUGGUGAAUGAAACCCAACGUAAGUGUCUGAAGUUUUCCUCUGUAUUUGCAGAACUAUAUUUGCUUUGAUUAUUGUUGUUUUUGUGCUU